CUCUUUUUGUUUCUUAUCAAAACCCCCCAUUAGAGCCCCCUCUUCCUUCCCUCGUUUCUUUCAGUUCCCUGCAGCUCUCUCCCUUUGUAUCUUCUUCCCCUCAGUCAUCUUGCUCCUAAAGACUCCGAUUUUUUCUGGGUAUAACCAAGUUCGCCUGCCAUUUGAGGUCUGGUCCAUAAUUGGAAUCACUUCAAUAUAAAAAAUACAAUAAUCCACAUCAAUGGCACCUGUUUCAUUGCCUCCUGGUUUCCGUUUUCAUCCCACUGAUGAGGAACUCGUUGCAUACUAUCUCAAAAAGAAAAUCAAUGGCCAUGAAAUCGAGCUUGAAGUUAUCCCUGAAGUUGAUCUAUACAAAUGCGAACCAUGGGAUUUACCAGGUAAAUCUUUGUUGCCAAGCAAAGACUUAGAAUGGUAUUUCUUUAGUCCAAGAGAUCGUAAAUACCCAAAUGGAUCAAGAACAAAUCGAGCCACCAAAGGUGGGUAUUGGAAGGCAACAGGGAAGGACAGGAAAGUAAAUUCACAGUCGCGAGCCAUGGGAAUGAAGAAAACCCUAGUUUAUUACAGAGGGAGAGCACCUCAUGGCUCUCGUACAGAUUGGGUUAUGCAUGAGUAUCGUCUUGAUGAAAGAGAAUGCGAAACUGCAUCUGGCUUGCAGUUGCAGGAUGCUUAUUCACUUUGUCGCGUGUUCAAGAAGAGCUUGAUCCCUCCAAAAACAACUGUGCCCGGUGACCAUUAUGCAACCGCAGCUAGCGAUCUCUCAUCAUGUAUCGACCUUUAUUCUGAGGGUGGAAGAGGAGGUGAAGACAUGGAGACUUGUAAUUAUCAAACACCACCAAUGGCUUCAUCUUCAUCAACCAAUAUUCUCCAUGGAUCACACAAUCAAAAUCAUAUAAAUGACGUCAAAUGGACUCAAUACUUAUCGGAAGAUGCAUUUACCUUCACAAAUCCAUCUUUCACUAACUCAUCAUGUCUCAAUCUUCCUUAUCCAGCGUCAAAGGUUGAUAUAGCUAUGGAAUGUGCAAGGUUGCAGCAUAGGUUAUCUCUACCUCCAUUGCAGGUUCAAGAUUUCCAACAUGAGGAUGUGACUAACUAUAUCGACUUGAAGAACAUACCACAAAAUGGACCAACGGCCGGAUCUCAGCUGGACUUUUUGCAGGAAAUCCUUUCCGUGGCACAAGUUUCUCAGGAUCUGAUCAACCAGGAUACAUGGGGUGGAAGUUAUGCUGGAAACGAUAAUGAUUUUUCGUUUUUACCUAACAAUAGCAAUCAAAUGCAAGGCAUGGGAUCGUUUAGAUCCAUGGGAGACGAUCAAAUUUCAAGGUCUAUUGAGAUUGGUGAUGUUGAAGAACAAUUGAAAACAGAUCGAAUGGUAGAGAAUUUGAGAUGGGUGGGAAUGUCGAACAAAGAACUUGAGACGGCCUUUCUGGAUGAUUACAAGAGUAUUCCAGUGGAAAGUAUAUCAAGUUUUCAAAGGGAUGAAUACGAGGUUCAAGUUUCAGGAGAAAACACUCGUCACAGCAACAUAGACGACCACUUUUCACUCGGAUUCCUGAAUCAAGAUCAGAACAACCUAAGCGACAACUUCCUAGAUGGUGAUUUGGAAGAUAUCUCGACCACUCCAACCUUUGAAAUGUAUCAAAAGACCGAAGUCAGUCAUGGAUUAUUGGUCUCAACACGACAAGUCUCAAACACAUUCUUUCACAAGAUUGUGCCAUCGCAAACAGUUAAGGUCCAACUCAACCCGGGGAUGAUUACAACACAUGAAACACAGCAUAGGAAGACGCUUGCGUUGGAGAAGUUUAAAACUUUGGUGGGUUCGAACCCAUUGAAGGUGAGCACCAAGGAGAUAACGAGUCCAGUGGUUAACCUGGUUUCUCUUUUGCUAAUAUGUUGCAUCUAUCUUGGAGAUGAAUCCUCAGAGGAUGACGAUGGCGAUGGCAAGAACAUAGAGAUAAAGGACAAAUGGAGCAUUUCAAGUGUGGUUUUGGAGAAGGUGAUAUGGCCAUGUGUGACCUUGGCUUUAGCAUUUUCUACCAUUUGGAUGCAUCAUAAUUACAUGCCAAAUUUUUCUUAA